GGCACCGACAACAGGAUCGACGGCAUGUCCGCUCAAAUGCCACCAAGCUCAAUAUUGUACCGCCAGUUGCCAGCAGCAGCAUUGGAGGUCGCAUAAGAGACUCUGCGAAACUAUGCGCACUCAUCUCUCUCUCGAAGGCAAGUUAUGGGAAGGCCAUGUGACAGGGGUUUGCUGGCAGGACGAUCGCCCCCUUGACAAGCUUCGCCCCGUGGCAGACAAUACAGAACUCUUUUGCUGUCCGGUUCAACACCUCGACGACGUGCUCCUGCAAGAGUCUCAUGUCGCCGAACUCUUUGGAACCCCGCUCGUGCUGAUGCGGCGCCAGAGCCAGUUUCUGACAAUUCCUCGCCACUAUGUGCAAGACGAGCAUACAGGGCCUGGACCAACGAAUCCUACUGCAGUCCUGUUAACAAGCAUUAAAAAUGGGUUUGCUAGUGACACCUGGUACGCGGGCAACGGCCGUCCAUGGGCGAUGGCAUGGAGGAAAGACGGCAAACCGCUGACACCUGAAACCUUCGAGACUAUCCUGGAGUUCAUCUCCAUUGUAGUUCAGGACAUCGCGAGCGUGUUUGUCAGCGACGGCUGGUGUCCAAUGAAGGAGCAGUUUACUCCGCAGGCGUUUCAGCUCUUCUCAAGGAGGUAUUUUCGCGAGCAGCGAGAGAAGGGACGACUAAGCUUCGAGGGACCGUUUGAGCCAUUGUAAGCCUAAGGAAAUCAGUCAUGAAGGCUCUGGAUUCCUCGUCAAGCCACGGAUCAGUCAACUUCGCUCGCGGCGUCGGAAUCUU